AUGCUGUCCCGAGUGUCCGUCGUCCUGCUUCUCGCCUCCACCGCGUCGGCCAUUAGCCUGCGCGGCAGGGCCUGGCAGAGGCGUGGUGUGUACGGGCGCGGGCGAACAGACAUGCCCUCAGUCGCCGAGGUGUCGGCAGCGGUGGGCGUUCCGGCGCCGUGGGAGGCUCCGCGCUGGGUCUGGAGCGGCGCGUGGAAGGUGCACAAGCGCGUGCUGCCCCACCUUCACAGCUGGGACCGAGCGGCUCCCGCCGACACGUGCGUCAACCUGGUCGUGGUCUGGCUCAAGGCCAUCGCCGGAAACCGGCGCGGCGAGGGGACGGCCGACGGCGGCGCGGCGUACGCGAUGCUGCCGCACUUCACCCGGCGCGUCGUCGCGUGGCCGCUCUGCUACCUCUACCCGCGGCUGCACCACGCCAACGUCGCCCUGCGCACUGCAUACCUCGACCAGCAGGUCGAGCGGGAGCUGUCUGCGGCAGGGCAGAGGCCCACUCGCGUUGUGGUGCUCGGCGCCGGCUUCGACACGCGCGCGCUCCGCCUCGGCGCCGCGCACGCCUCCGCGAGCUGGGCCGAGGUCGACCUGCCGGACGUGAUCGCGCAGAAAAAGAGGCUGCUCGCGCGCGCCUCGCGCCGGCGGCCACAGCUGGCGGCCGCGGGCCUGCCGAGCUUCCACGCUGCCAACCUGAGCGACGCCGGGGCGGCUCGCUCCGCGCUGCGCGAGGCGGUACGGGCGGGCGGAGGGGACGCGCGCGGCCGGCGCGUCCUCUACGUGUGCGAGGCGCUGCUCAUCUACCUGCCGGAGCCGCAGGCGGCGGCGCUGCUCCGGUCGGCGGUGGAGGAGGCCGCGGGGGCGGGGGCGGGGGCGGUGACCUUUGCGUUUGCCGACAAGCUGCCUGCAAUGCGAGAGGGGCGGGGCUACUCGCCAGGUCCGCCAGAGGAGCUGCCCGGCACGCCUCGCCGGGCAGCGGGCGGGGCGGGGGCGGCCGGCCCGGCGCCGUCCUCCGCAUUCGCCGACGCGGCGGCGGAGCUGCGAAAGGCGGGGCUGGCUCUCGAGGAGGAGACGUGGCAGCCAAAGCCAGGCCUGGCGAGGCACAUGGGCGUCGCGCGGAGGCUCUGA